GAUGAAGGGCAAUCAACCACACGGCCACCUCUUUUUGAUGGAACCAAUUAUACAUAUUGGAAAGAACGAAUGAGAAUCUAUAUUCGUUCCACGAACUUCCAAUUAUGGUUGGUUAUCAAAAACGGGGAAGAGGUGCCGAUGAAGAAAGUCGGAGAUAAGUUAAUCCCCAAGACCGAGGACGAAUUUGAUGCCGAAGACAUCAAGAAAGUAGAGAAUUAUGCAAAGGCAAUAAACAUGCUCUACUGCGCGGUCAAUCCCGAUGACUAUCGUAAAAUCUCCUGCUGCACAACUACCAAGGAGAUGUGGGAUAAGCUCAAGGUAACAUACGAAGGCACGGACCAAGUUCGGGAAGAGAAAAUUGACUUCCUAACGCAGGAGUACGAGAUGUUCAGGAUGAAACCAGGCGAGAAGAUCGACGACAUGUUCAAUCGCUUCUCGAAGAUCAUUAAUGAUCUUCACGCCCUAAAGAAGACGUAUGCCAACAAGGACCUCGUGAGGAAAAUCCUGCGGAGCCUCACCCCCGAAUGGAGAUCAAUGGCCGACGCCAUCUAUGAAUCCAUUGGAGUCUCCAACAUAACCAUCGACGGAUUAAGAGGUAACCUUAAAACUUAUGAAUCUACAAUUCUAACCCCGUCUUUGGAUGAACAAAAGAAUAAAGGGAUAGCGCUCAAAGCAACCAAGGAAAUGGUUGAAGAGGAAUCAAGUGAUGAAGACAACGAGUUUGACCUCAUCAUCAAGAAAUUCCACAAAUUUAUGAAGAAAGAGCACGAGCGCAAAGGAAAGAAGCACGACGAUUCCCCGAAGUGCUNUAACCAUCGACGGAUUAAGAGGUAACCUUAAAACUUAUGAAUCUACAAUUCUAACCCCGUCUUUGGAUGAACAAAAGAAUAAAGGGAUAGCGCUCAAAGCAACCAAGGAAAUGGUUGAAGAGGAAUCAAGUGAUGAAGACAACGAGUUUGACCUCAUCAUCAAGAAAUUCCACAAAUUUAU